UGUCCGCAUCUGGCUCGCACCAUGAUCAUUAGGAGCAUCGUACGUCUCGGUCUUACCCAACGACCUCCAUCCAAGGCAACCCUCCUCUCUUCGCACACGAUGAGCACAGCAGCGACGGCGACGAUCCCGACCUUCAACACGCUGAACGCGCUGCGCGAAUGGCGCUCGCGCGCGUUCGCCCAGAACGAAUCGGUGGGCUUCGUCGCCACGAUGGGUGCGCUUCAUGAGGGACAUAUGGCUCUUGUUCGUCGAUCCCUCGCAGAGAACGACCUCACAGUCUGCUCCGUCUUCGUCAACCCCGCUCAAUUCGCGCCUCACGAAGACCUUGCGAGCUAUCCACGAACUCUCCCCGCAGACCUUGCAGCCCUCUCUGCUCUAGAGGUUAGGGGACGGGCGCCAUCUGCUGUCUUCGUCCCGAACGCUCUAGAAAUGUACCCGUCAGGCAUCUCCCAGGACCCCGCCCUUCAACGAGGAACCUUCGUCGAGGUCAUGGGCUAUGGUCAGGAGAUGGAGGGACGCAGUCGCCCUAUAUUCUUCCGCGGUGUCGCGACCGUGGUCACCAAGCUCUUCAACGCCGUGCAGCCAACGCGGACGUACUUCGGCCAGAAAGACAUACAGCAGGCGCUCCUGCUCCGACGCAUGUGUAAAGACCUUCUCAUGACCCUCCCCUACCCCGAGAACCUGCACAUCGUACCGACGGUGCGAGACCCGGCCGACGGACUCGCGCUUUCCUCCCGGAAUGCAUACCUUUCCCCUUCGGCCCGUCGUGUCGCAACCGUCAUGCCAUCUGCUCUCGAUGUCGCUCGCGAUGCAUGGGAGGCAGGUCUGACGAAGGACGAGUGCGUCAAGCGCGCGGAGCAGUACGUGACGGAGGUGGCAGAGCGCGCACGCGCCGAUGGUGCGGCGGAAGUUCGACUAGACUACAUUCAACUCAACGACGCGGACACGUUCUUUGAGGUUCCCGGACACAGGACAAAGGAAACAUGGGCGCAGCAGUCCCCACAUCCAGUAAUCCUGAGCGGCGCUAUAUGGGUGGAUAAGACGCGGUUAAUCGACAACUACAUCUUGGGCGAUGUGGACAGCAUCAUAUGCUGAAAUGUCAGCCCGUUUGCAAAUUAUUGAUGUAUACUACAAGCAAUGUAUCUGGAAUGCUGCUCUGUGUGCUUCCUGAAUCCGCGCAGAACACUUACCUAUUUGGAACAAUAGCUAUGGACAUACCCCAUACGGAAAGAGAUCUUACCGGGUGCGCUCGUGAUGUCGAGUCACACGAUUCAGAAGUCACGCUUCCUUUGAUGUCAACCUCUGGUUGAUCGAUUUCUGUGUCCGACCAUGAUCAGCC